AUGCCAUCAGCGAACCACGGCGCCAUGGACAACGCAAAGCGAGCCAUGACCACGCGAGCCGAGCGCCUUGCGAUGUUGAAGUUCCUGCGCGUUCCGAAGCACUUUGCGCUGAUGACGGACCAGGCCACGAAAGGGAAGGCAAUGAAGGGUGGCCAGCGCUUGAUGAAGGCGCAUGGCCACAGUUUGAUGGCGCAGUACGUCAACUACAUUUGCCCGUACUACAACGACAUGAAUGCGCUCUUUGGAGAACGCCAGAACUUCCGUCCGUCGUACACCCUGGAAACCAACAACCAUGUUGAUGGUAGCCAAACCUUGGACAACUCGUUUGUUGCGGACGACUCGGACGACAACGACGCCAAAGACGGCGAGCAACCUGGCAAUGACCCCGACAGCGACGAGUACUGGGCGCAGAACGAUGUUGAGGACCCAGGUCGUACCGAUGCCGACGCUGCUGUCGGUGGCAAAGCCAACAAACGUCCGGAUGUCCCCCGUGUGUUUCCGACCCCGGAAAAGCGGCUUACGCCGCGGAAGGAUUUUUCGUCUAUUUACAUGGACGCACAGAUUCAAGCAGAGCGCCAGGCUCGACCAUCUCCCCUUGAGGAGGCCAUUACCGUGCUCGCAUACAACUCGCAGGCUGGCGUGACCGGUGUUGAAGGUGUCGUUACCGUCUUGGUGUGCUGCCGGCAGCCGGUAGGGAACGGUGCUGACGAUGCCCACACCGUCGAGUCGUGGACACUCCCCGGCCAUCCUGCCACGACAUGA